AUUCCACAUUGUCGCAUUGCCACUUUUAAAUAGUGACCGCCCUUUUCUUGUUUCUACAAUUAGUGUACAAUAUGCAGAUCAACCAACCAUUCUGUUGAGUUACUCUUCCCUAUCGAACAAACUAUCAAAACCCGGCAUAUUAUUAAAAAAUUGUUGAUCUACUCUAAAAUUUCUGCAUAUCAAUUUUUUUCUUGUCGUGCUUCUUCCAUUUAAAUUUUCUCUUGAUUUUAUAAUUAUUUUAGGAAGAAGGCUAUGGGGGAUAUUGACUCUAGGAUAAAAUCUAUCAAUGAAAAAAUUAAAAAGGAGGAGCAAAUGCGGUUAGCUGCCGUACGGGUAAAGUCCUCUACUCAAAACUCUAUGGUUCAAGCUCAGGCUGAGCAGAGUAUAGUAGACGCUUCAAGACAUAUUGAUUAUUUAACGAAAGAAUUAGAAAAAUUGCAAAUAAAACAGCGAAAUAGUUUACCAUAUCCUGUACAACAAACACCGGGUCAAUAUGGUGGAUAUCAUCACCAAACGCAACAAAUACAGCCACAUGCUUUCAAUUAUCCUCAUGCUCCUGGCGGUCAGCAAAAUUUUCACGGAAACAGCCGCUCCAUUUUGACACAACAGCCUCCUUACGAAGAUCCAGAAUCAAUACCUGUUUCAGGCCGCAAGCCCGUAUUAUCAAAUUUGGACCUUAUCAAAUCGGAUACGCCUAUUACGAAUACGAAGGUAUCUUUGAAACUACAUGAACUCGAAUUUAAAAUCGGAGUCGAACAGAAACUUAAAGAAGGCUCGGAAAAGAUGAUGGAAGCGGUAACUUUAUCAAAUCCAAAAGACAGAAAAAGUAUCCAAGAAGUAACGGUAAAAACUUUGGAAAGUCAAGAAAAACUUUCGAUACUUAAGAGAUCGUUGCAGAAAUAUAAACAAUUAUAUAUUGGUGAAGGUGAUGAUGAUGAUGAGGACGAAGACGAAAGGGCAAAGAGAAUAAACCCCGGGAUGCGACGUCCAGUAACAGGAAAACUGGAUAUUCGUAUACUUCAAGCUCGAAAUGUUCCUCACACACCACUGCGUACACCAGGAAAAGCUCCAGAUACCACAGUAAUUGUAAAAAUUGAUGGUACAACAAAAGGGAAAACACGUGUUACCCGCAAUGAUAAAUGGAAUGAGGACUUCGAAUUUCAUGUUGAGAAAGCAAGUGAAAUUGAGAUUACAUUAUAUGAUAAGACCUCAGAACAACAUCAAGUACCUAUUGGUUUAUUAUGGAUAAAAAUUUCUGAUAUUGCUGAAGAGCUUAGAAAGAAAAGAAUUGAGGCCGAAAGCGGUCCUGGAUGGGUCACGGCUUCGAAUGCUCAAUUUGAGACGGGUUCUCCCACUGCCACUAAUAAUAACGGACCUUAUGGAGAUACUUAUAGCGUUCCGUAUGCUGUUGCAAGAACUCAACAAGGAAUCGGAACAACAUAUUUACCCGACGGUAUCGAAGCUUGGUUUGAGGUUGAGCCAGCUGGUCAAAUAUUGCUCAAAUUAGACUUCGUUAAAGAAAUUGCUCGCAAAAGACCUGAUCUUGGUAGACAAGGUGCUGUUCGUAAGCGAAAGGGAGAAGUUCAUGAACAAAAUGGCCACAAAUUUAUUCAGCAGAUAUUUUAUCAGGUUAUGAAAUGUGCUUAUUGUGAAGAAUUGUUCGUGAACGAAGGUUAUCAGUGUGAUGAUUGUAAAUUAACUUGUCACAAGAGAUGUUACACCAAAAUCGUCACAAAAUGCAUCUCUAAAUCAAAUAACGAAGUGGAAUCUUUGCAGCUUAUUAAUCAUCGCAUUCCUCAUCGCUUUGAAGGUAUAACUAAUAUUACAGCCAAUUGGUGUUGUCAUUGUGGUUAUAUUCUUCCAUUAGUCAAGAAGGGAGCUAAAAGAUGUACUGAAUGUAAUACUACUUGUCACGCAAAAUGCACUCAUCUUGUUCCUGAUUUCUGUGGAAUGACAAUGAAGCGUGCGAGUGAAAUGAUUGAUCAAAUCCAACGCGCUACAUCUAUUAAAACUAAUAAAAUAAGCACCGAUUCUCCCCAUCUCAAAGAACAUCCUCCAUUACAAAAUCCAAAUCCACCAUUGCCCCCUUCCCCGAACCAAACACAAUUUCAAUAUCCUCCACCACAACCAACUUAUCCUCCUCCUCAAGGUCCAGAAAACACUUAUAGUGUUCAGCCUAUACAACCUCAAUAUAAUUUACAAGGUCCGGUUAGUUCAUAUAAUCAGCCGAGUCACGUGUCGGUGAUAUCUUCACCGGUUCAACAAAAACCUCCGUCUCAAGGAGCGACCUACGUUCAACAAAGUCCGCCAAUGCAACAUCAAGUUCGAAAUACACCUACUACUACUCCACCUCCACCUCCACCUCCAAAUCCGAACGAAUCCAUAAUUCAAAAAAAUCGUAGAGUCGGGUUAGAUGACUUUAAUUUUCUUGCCGUAUUGGGUAAAGGAAAUUUCGGGAAGGUUAUGCUUGCCGAAGAAAAAUAUACAAAACAACUUUAUGCUAUUAAGGUGCUUAAAAAGGAGUUCAUUAUCGAAAAUGAUGAAGUAGAAAGUACACGAUCCGAAAAACGAGUUUUUCAAGCUGCUAACCGAGAACGACAUCCGUUCUUACUUGGCUUACAUUCAUGUUUCCAAACAGAAACUCGUAUUUACUUUGUUAUGGAAUAUGUUAGCGGUGGUGACUUGAUGUUGCAUAUCCAAAGAGAACAAUUUACUUAUCGACGAGCACAGUUUUACGCUGCCGAGGUCUUACUUGCUUUGGAAUAUUUGCACAAAUCGGGUAUUAUAUAUAGAGAUCUUAAACUCGAUAAUAUACUGCUAACAUUGGAUGGCCAUAUUAAGAUUGCUGAUUACGGUCUUUGUAAAGAAGAAAUGUGGUGGGGCAGUACUACCAACACAUUCUGUGGAACACCUGAAUUUAUGGCUCCUGAAAUUCUUUUGGAACAACGAUAUGGUCGUGCAGUUGAUUGGUGGGCUUUUGGUGUUUUAAUUUAUGAAAUGCUCCUUGGACAAUCACCAUUCCGUGGGGAUGACGAGGAUGAAAUAUUUGAUGCUAUUUUAGAGGAUGAAAUCCUUUACCCAAUUAAUAUGUCUCGAGAUUCAGUAUCAAUAUUACAGAAAUUACUUACUCGUGAACCUGAAAAACGUCUUGGAUCGGGACGCGGUGAUGCCGAAGAAAUAAAGCGACAUCCUUUCUUUAAAGGAGUGAACUGGGAUGAUAUGCUUGCCAAGAAAGUACCACCACCAUUUUAUCCUUCAAUUUCAUCUCCCACUGAUACAUCAAAUUUUGAUGAGGAAUUUACACGUGAGGUACCGGUUCUUACACCCGUUCACAGUCAUUUAAAUGCUGAAGCACAGGAAGAGUUUAAAGGCUUUUCAUAUGUUUCAGAUUGGGUUGUUGGUAGUUAAAAUUAUAAAUAAGGAAGUUAAUAUGAAGCAAUUUUUUUAUCUUUGAUUAUAUCCAAUAUUAUUAUUUUAUUCUAACAAUUUGAUAUUAUUUAUAUUGUAUUUUUUUUUAUUUUUGAAUGGUAUUUUUAUUUUUUUGAAUAUAAGAUACAAAAAGUGAAUUUAUAGUUAUGUAUAUGUACAGCUGUAU